UUUCAAGUUCAUUCUGCGUUUGGAUCUCGCGCGCAACGGUCUCGAAAAUCGGAUCGCAAGUUCGAAACCAUUUUCUUAAGCCGUGAAAAUAGAAAUCAUUUUCUUAGGUGUGAAAUCGUUAAGUUUGCGUCAUUGAGCAAUUUUUGAAGGUGGAGAAAAUAACAAACAACAAUAAAAUUAACUGUUUGGCGGUUUGAGCACAGCCGUUACCCGGGGAGUAGUGUUCUGCUAACGGAAGUGUUUGUUUGACCUGUGAUCAAUGAUACGGAAACCCAAAAGGGAGAAAAUGCUUAGCCGGAUCGAUCGAGCUCGAAGAGGCAGCUGCCGGGUGAUAGCAGUCGUGUUUGUUGCGCUUCUUCCCCUGGUGCGAUCGCAGGAUUACGACGUGACUGACAUCCAGUGCUCGUUCGCAUCGCAGGGCUCGAACCUUGGCGACAUCAUAACGGCCAAGCUGAAGAAACCGAUCGGCUUCAAGGGGGCGCCACUGUUCGCGGAUGACCGCGCUGUCAACCCGGAGACCGAUUUCGCAUGCUCCAUCAAGCAGGACCGGAAAGACCAGGGCGAACUGAGCUACGACCUCAAGAUCACUGACUUCUCACGCUGCGGAGUGCUGAAGAGGAAUGGAUUCGUCCAUGUCCGCAUUUGGUUCCCACAGUUUCCGGCCGUUGUGAUGCAGUCCGAUCAAGAAUUGAUCAUCAUGUGUAAGCCACCGGAGCCAACUGUCAUCCAAAACAAGGCCGCCGGUUUCGCAGGAAGUUUCCCUCAUGGCGCCAGAGUUUCCGGUGUGGUCGAAGAAACGCCAGGUCGAUUGGAGUACGAGGUGGCACUCUACAAGGAAGCACCUCCGAUAGCUCGUAUUGCGGGACUGAAGAACACCUCGGCCAACUCUUUGCCAGCCGUGACAAAUAACGAAGUUCCGGUAGAUCAGGCCGUUCCAAUUGGGACCAAACUUCAGCUACGAGCCCGCAUCAGUGCCCAAAGCGUGUGGAAGUAUGUUAAACUGUUGGAAGUGACGGUUUCGCCCGACCCAGAUGAUCCCCAUGCCCCAGGAUCAGUAUCUCUGGUGCGGGAAGGAUGUCGCAAUCGGGACUUUGCUUUGAUCAUCCCACAUCAACCUGCUCGUUACCGGGACAAACCUAAUGAGGUGUUUCUGGAUUUUGAAGCUUUUCUGCUGAGUUCGAUGAAGGAGAGAAGUACCCUGUGGAUCCAUUCACAGAUCAAGGCUUGUAUGGAUGCUAUGGACUGUCAACCUGAUUUCUGUUUGGAUCUUUACGAACCAACUAAACGGAAGGGACUCGGUAGAAGACGACGAUCGGCUGGGGACGUAACCUAUAGUAAUCUGCUGUCGAUGAUCGGUCACGAUAGGUUGCGGAGAACGGCAAAUACGCAAAACACAACCGAGUUCACCAAAUUCAACGAAAAUAUUGAGUACACUGUGGUAAUGCCGGGCCAAUACGAUGGACUUCGUUAUCAAGAAGUUCCCGAUCAAUGUCGGAAUUUCGUGAUCAUAUCGGGACUUUUAGCUGGUUUGUUGGCGUUGUCUACCCUGAUUACCUGUGGGCUGGCCUCACGGAUGCAGAGUAGCGGGAAGAAAUCGUCCCUCGACGAUUUAAAUAUCAAGGGAUAUUCGGGUCGAGCGAUGGUACAAUGAGGCUGAAUAUGUGUUCUCUACACAACUAAAGAACUAUAAUUUUCGCACCUGGCUCCCAACGUUUAGCGUUGAAGUUUUAAAAUGAUCAAAGAAUAGCAAAAUGUAGAAACCGAUUCAAGUAUUGCGGUUUUAGCAACAUAGAGCAUACACACACCGUAUUGUAAAUUAAGGAAGCUAGACAAAACAAAUAGUUAGUGAGUAAGUUAGAAGGUACCUUUAGCUGAAUGACCUCUACUAGACAAAACAAGUUUAGGAGUUUCUUCACUGGCACAGAAAGAUCCUAAGCAUAAAUAACCAAAUCUGUCGUUGAGGCAGGAAAAAAAAAUAAAAAAAAACUGUUAGAGCCAUUCACUCUAGCAUUACAAUUUAGACUGCAUUUCCAACUAGGAUAUAAUUAUGAGUAACUUAUUUAUGGAGAGCAUUUAAUAUAAUACGAAAUUUAUUUAUUGAAAAAAAAGUUCUCCUAUGAGAUCAUGUUUUAACAUCUGCAAUGUUUAGGUUAUUAAGUUUGCAAUUUCUACGAAAGUUCAGCCCAACUGUACAGUGAUUUUACUGAAUAAAUAGUCUUAAAUAUAUA